AGGAGAGUAGUCCAGAGGUAGAGACAGAAGAUGGCAAAGAGCCAAGGGAGGAAGAAACCAUAGUGCCUUCGUACUACCAAAGUGAUAUGGAAGACUCAAGUUCUUCUGAUGGUUCAUUCCAUCCAUUUUUAUAUUGUUCGAAAUUUGUAAAAGAAAACUUACAAACAAGUGAGAAACACAUACAGGACAAGAAUCUAGACCACGACAGUGAAUCAAAAGAUAUGCUACAGUGUCAACUGGUGAAAGAACUUAUCUCUGUGGAUCACAUUCGAUCCUCUGGUAGUGCAGUAUCUCAUUCAUAUUUAGAUCAAUCCGAAGGUAGCUCUUCAUUCUACAUUUUUCCACUGAAUAAGAGCAAGCCUCAAGGAAAAUCUGCAGUGAACAUCUUAUCUGGUGAGAAAAAAUGUCUACAUUACAAUAUUGAGCAUACCAGCAAUUCGAAUCAUCGUGUCCUUUAUGGAACUGGUAAGGGGGAAGUGGUGCUUAGCCAGCCACCACCUCUAACUGAUUAUACAAAAGAUGUAUUUGUCAACCCUCUGGCACCAGAAGCACCACCAUUACCAUCUGAUUGGCUGAUUCAACUUACCAGUUCUAAAGGACCAUCUGCUUCUAGAGUUGUAAGCUCAAUAAGCUCACCAGUAACAUCUCCAAUACUUGUUUUGGAAACGACAACUGCAACAACAUCUGCUUGCUUAAAAUCCACUUCUAAAAUAGAUCUAAAGAUGUCACCUGAAUUCACUUCAACACCAGAAUCUCUUGAAUGUUUUGAACUGCAACCAGAUGAUCUAAGUCCACAGAGUCAAGAUCAGAUGAUCCCUCCACAUUUAUAUCCAUCAGUAAUUUCAUGGGAUUCAGUUGUGGAUGUUACUGACCACACUUUAGCUGUACAACCACAACAAUAUUCCACUUAUCAGUUCAUAAAGUCUUUUCCACAAUCACUGAAAUCUGCAAAGUCAUCACCAGUAUCUCCAUCAAAAUCAAGAUCUGCAUGUAGACCACUACCACAAAAACAAGUCCAAAAUAUAUCGGGGCCUUCGAGUGCCCAAUUACCCAGAUCUUCCAGGGUAUCACAUCAUUAUCUUUCAGUAUCUGCCUCAUCAAGCCCCAAGACACAAACUGCUUCAAAUCUGUCACUGUCACCAAAACGUUCAGUGAGCCACUUAACAAAACUUAUCGAAGCACAGUCAAGAUCACCCAUGACGUAUUUACCACAAUCAAAACUAUCAUGUUUCACCUCAACAAAAGUUACCACUCUACAAUCAUCAUUGUCUUCUCUGAAAUCUACAUCCAUUUCAGGCCGUAAAGCUCUAGCAAUAAGUCAGCAUGCAAUAGUGCCACCAUAUGCCGAUGUAAAGCAAAAUCCUCCAUCAAUCCUACCUAUAUUGAGCAAAGCAAGGAAAGCGUUGAUGGAAGCAAUAAGAAAAGGCAUUCAACUACAUAAAGCUCGAGAAAGUAUACCAAGAGGUGAAACCGAGUUUCCUAAAAAUGAAGCAGAUAUCAUCCGGAUCCGUCGUAAAGCUAUGGGGUAUAAUUCAGGAAAAUCAGAUAGUGAGACUGACUGGGUUGAAUAAAUAAACAAACCCAUCAGAAGUAAAAAUGAA